GGCCGCGAGGUUCAGAGAUGGAUGAUUUGCCCAGAAUGUUUUUCACUACCUGCUCUUCCCAGAACUGCACUGUUCAGAGGAGCUGGUUCUAAACCUGAUUCCCAGGGCCAAAGUGGUACAAAUAGUCUUCGUGGCUUUCUCUCUGAGUGGCCUUCUGUCUUGUGUUCUCUGCAGAUCUUAGCGCCCUCCUCAACUCCAUCUCAGAUGGUCUGGCAGAAUAUUCGCCAAUUUGGUGGGAAGCUGAUGCGUAGCCGGCCCCUGCAGCUGGGCCAGGGGGUCUCUGAGCAUCGCUUGUCUCGUUGUCUGAAGACCCUGGAUCUGGUGGCCUUGGGUGUGGGCAGCACCCUGGGAGCCGGCGUGUAUGUCCUAGCCGGAGAAGUGGCCAAAGAGAAAGCUGGACCGGCCAUCGUCAUCUGCUUCUUGGUGGCGGCCCUGACUUCUAUGUUGUCUGGACUCUGCUAUGCGGAGUUUGGGGCCCGGGUGCCAUGCUCCGGUUCCACCUAUCUCUACACUUACGUCACAGUGGGUCAACUGGUGGUUUUCAUUACUGGCUGGAACCUCUUACUCUCCUACGUCAUCGGUGCCGCCAGCGUGGCCAAGGCCUGGAGUUUUGCAUUUGACAGCCUGAUCGGGAAUCGCAUCUCCCCUGCCCUGCAGGGCAUUUCUCUGCACGUGCCUCAAGUUCUGGCCAAGUAUCCAGACUUUUUUGCGCUGGGCCUGGUGUUGGUCCUCACUGGAGUGCUGGCUCUGGGAGCUCGGGAGUCAGCCUGGGUUUCCAAAGUCUUCACAGGUGUGAACCUCUUGGUUCUGAGCUGCGUCGUCGUCUCUGGCUUCAUCAAGGGAGAUCUGCACGACUGGCAGCUCACAGACGCCGACUACAAACGGGCCGGGCUGGGGUCCAACGACACCCACCGCUUGGGCUCACUGGGCUCUGGCGGGUUUGUGCCUUUUGGCUUUGGCGGGAUUCUCCAUGGAGCAGCUACGUGUUUCUUUGCGUUUGUGGGUUUUGAUGGCAUCGCCACCACAGGAGAAGAAGCCCUCCACCCUCACCGCUCCAUCCCCUUGGGCAUCGUGACCUCGAUCUUCAUCUGCUUCUUGGCCUAUUUUGGUGUCUCAGCGGCGCUCACCCUCAUGGUGCCCUACUACCUGAUAUGUCCCGAGAACCCCUUGCCGGAGGCUUUUGUCCACAUUGGAUGGGCCCCCAUCAGAUAUGCUGUGGCCGUCGGCACCCUCUGUGCCCUGUCCUCCAGCCUCCUGGGUGUCAUGUUCCCCGUGCCUCGCGUGCUCUACUCGAUGGCCGAGGACGGGCUCCUUUUCCGUGGACUCGCCCAGAUCCACACCCGCACCAGCACCCCUGUGGUGGCCACUGUUGUUUCCGGGACCGUUGCAGCAAUCAUGGCUUUCCUGUUUGAGCUCAGUGACCUUGUGAACCUCUCGUCCAUCGGGACUAUGCUUGCUUACUCCUUGGUGGCCUUUUCUGUUCUUGUCCUCAGGUACCAGCCAGACCAGAAUUUCAGCAAGAAUGAGAAGCCGAAGGAGGAAGUAGUUGAGAUGAAUUCUGUACCCAAAGCGAAAUGCCCAGAACGUGUUCCUGAAGCGUCCAGCACUCCGACGAGUCUGUGGAGCCCUGUCAGCGCCAUCCCCACCCCGAGAUCUGGCCGCACCGUCUAUGGAGGUGCCUUUCUGCUUGUUGUCCUGCUGACCAUGCUCUGCCUGGUACUGGCCCAUUGGCCCAAACGCCUGUUUUCUGGAGAGCCGAUCUACGUCACAGCUGCUGUGCUACUGCUGGUGCUCGUUGCAGGACUCACUUUCACCAUCUGGAGACAGCCCCAGAGCAACACUCCUCUCUACUUCAAGGUCCCCCUGUUGCCUGUCCUCCGGUUGGUCAGCAUCUCUGUGAAUGUUGAUCUGAUGAUGCAGAUGACCACUGAGACCUGGGCCCAGUUUGGAGUCUGGAUGUUGAUUGGUGAGUGGCUUCCUGGAAAUAAAGAGGCCUCUUGGGUGUCCAACACUCUUCCCGCGACCUUUCCCUACCUCUGUCUCAGGCUGACAGUGUGGGCUGUGCCUGUAGUCCCAGCCAGAUUUGCUGUAUAUUUUGGAUAUGGGAUCCGACACAGCUUGGAGAACGAUCAACAGCCACCUGCGUCAAGCUCCAGACUCCUCAUGAAAACAUCCCUAGUGCCUCGCUGA